UUGCCUGGAUACGGAGAAGCUGCCGGAAGUUGUGGUCAGGAGAAAUGUGAAGCGGUGAAGAGGGGAUGAGGUGACUCGGAAUGGAAGAACAGAGGCAGCGGACGGAUUUGGAUGAUUAUCGGAUUAUCAGAGUGGUGGGAAAGGGGAGUUAUGGAGAGGUCAGUCUGGCCACACACCGUGCAGAGGGGAAGCAGUAUGUCAUUAAAAAGCUACAUCUUCGCAAUGCCCCUCGUAGGGAGCAGAAGGCGGCAGAGCAAGAGGCUCAGCUUCUUUCUAAGCUGAAACAUCCAAACAUUGUGGCCUAUAAGGAAUCCUGGGAGGGUGGAGAUGGAUUGCUGUACAUUGUCAUGGGCUACUGUGAAGGAGGAGACUUAUACAAUAAUCUCAAACAUCAAAAAGGCAAACUUCUUCCAGAGGGCCAAGUGGUAGAGUGGUUCGUUCAGAUUGCUAUGGCAUUACAGUAUUUACAUGAUUUGCACAUUAUGCACCGUGAUCUGAAAACUCAGAAUGUCUUCUUGACCAAAUCCAAUAUCAUCAAAGUGGGAGAUCUGGGAAUUGCCAGGGUCCUGGAGAGCCAGUAUGAUAUGGCCAGCACUCUUAUUGGGACUCCCUACUACAUGAGCCCAGAGCUUUUCUCUAAUAAACCAUACAACUAUAAGUCUGAUGUCUGGGCCCUGGGAUGUUGUGUGUAUGAGAUGGCAACUCUGAAACAUGCCUUCAAUGCUAAAGAUAUGAACUCUUUAGUGUAUCGUAUCAUCGAAGGGAAGCUGCCUCCUAUGCCUAAAGAUUACAGUAGUGACCUGGGAGAUCUUAUUGGAACAAUGCUAAGCCGACAGCCUGAAAAAAGGCCAACAGUGAAGCAAAUACUAAGGAAACCCUACAUUAAAGAACACAUUGCCCUUUUCCUACAAAAUUCAAAGCUAAAACAGGGUAGGCGGAAAAAGAAGGUGGUGGACUCCGCCAAUGUCUCCAAAAAUGCUGAACAGCAGGUACAACACAAAGCAGUUCUGGACCAUGCAAAAGAACACAAAGUGAAUAAAGUGAAGAGUCCAGUGAAGAUAAAAGCAGCCAGCAUAUCCCCACCACCUGCUGAACAAGGGAAUAAUAUGGCGGUAUCCAUUUCAUCCCUUGGCAAGGUGGUUAUUGAUAUUGUACCUGGUGACAAAAGACUGCCACAUGACGAACAUUUAAUACCCCAGCCUGAGAAUGGAUGCAUCUCCAGGGACGUUGCAUGUAAAGUGACACGGAACGGAGCCCGAGGGCAAGACAUUCAAGCAAAGCCGCAAACGACAUUAAGCUCCAAGAUGGAAAAUAAAAAUUCUUCUAUUAGCCUAGAAGAUGAAGAGGAUACCAUGAAACUUUUGCAACCAGUCACCAAAGGUGAUGAAAAGAUAACCCAGGCCAUUGUUCCCGCACAGGAUGUUUUGGAAUCCUUGGAAUCUACAGAAAAGCUCCUUGAACCAUUUGUUCCAGUUACAGAACCUGAUGGACACAAAGAAGCAAGUGAAAUUCAUCCACGCACUUCUGAGUCUGAGCCGUCAUUAUCGAAACAGAGGAGACACCGUAUCAAAGAGGGGAUGCCAGUAGACUCUGAGAAGGCUAAUGGGCCAUGUUCCAGACCUUUGCCUUCUCUCCCUGCCUUACAACCUCAAAUUGUAAGAAACGUUCUUGAUGCAGAUCCUGUUGACAGUUCAAAACAAAGUCCUGUAUUCUCUCAGGACCAUCGUCCUUUGUCAGCACGAGAGAGAAGAAGACUAAAACAGUCCCAAGAAGAAAUAUUUUUAUCUGCACCAUCAGCCAGAAAAAGUUCUGCCAAUAAUGUUGAGAAAGCUGAGGAAAUAAAUCCUGCCAAUCAAUUGCCAAGUAUGCGUGAGAAAAAACAAAAGCCUGUAUGGCAAUUGUCUGAAGAUGAUCUCAGCUCUUCCACAAGUUCCACAGACAAGUCUGAAGGAGAAUGUAAAGAGAGGAAAAGCUCAGACUCUGGAGAUAUGAAUGACUUAGUUGAUCUAAUGACACAAACCUUAUACAUGGAAAAGGACAAAAGUCAGCUGUCACCAGCUGCUUGUAAGGAAUUUAGAAUCCACCGAAAAUAUAGAGACACAUUAAUGUUACACGGAAGAGCUCAUGAAGACCAAGAAGAUAUCUUUUUCCAAGACAUACCAUCAGAUAAUUUAACAGUUCCACAAAAGUUCCGCAGAAUGAUCGAGGCUUUAAGAGCUGAUGUUGUGAAGGGUCUUGGGGUGAAGGUUCUGGAACAAGUGUAUGAUAUCAUGGAUGAGGAAGAUGACAGACAGAAAGAGUUGCAUUUACAGAAAAUUCUCGGUGAGAAGUACGACAACUACAAUCUGAAAGUUCGGCAACUUAAAUUUUUUGAAGAAAAUUCGAAAUUUUAGAUCAAAUGGUAGAAGUCAUUACAUAAGGGCUGGAGUAAAUGAUCGUUUGAGAUCAAUUUGUGAUA